AUGACUGGAUUUCAGUUCUUGUUCGUUUCGACUUUUUAUCAAACCUUUAGGGGGCGCUCAACAUCACAUCAUGUAUCGGGUCAGGCGACGAUCCUCGACCAUUUGUUUUUGUAUACGGAUUGUUCUAUUGGACAAGGAGUUGGAAAUACCAUGGAGGCCCAAGGGAACAGCCGACACUGGGAAGAGAUAGGAGACAGAAGACAGGGAAACCGCAAAGGGCGCAACAAAGAGAAAAAAGCAAAUGGCAUUUUUGGGGGGAAUACCACAGAGGACCGGACGUACCAAACCAACCCGAGGAAAGAGAAGCGGAGGAGCGGGAAGGAUUUUGGCAAGGAAGGGAAUUUUUCUCCUCUGCCGGGAAACUCGAUUUGUUCUGUGGGGGCCUGUGAAGACUUGCAAAGGUCUAGCUGCUCUUGA